GCUAACGUGCAUGCUGCGCUGGUCUGACUGGUGAAUGAGGGGUCACUUUAAGGUGGAGGUGCCUAAAACCAGACUGCGUUGACCUUCUUUCGGGUUUAUUUGAGUCGAUGUUUUGAAGCGGGUGAAUCUCAGCGUUAAUUGAACAUGUGGAGCUCGGGCCGCCGUGUCCUUCAGGUCCUGCUCAGCCAGCCGGCUGUCAGGAGCUUCUCUCGGACUCCUACUCAGAACACGGUGGUGGUGGAGCGGUGGUGGCAGGUGCCCUUAUCUAAAGUAGGCAGUCCGCCGAGGCUUCACCCCCGAAGACACCGAAUCUACAAGUUGGUUGAAGACCUCAAAUGUGCUCCCAAGGAGAAGAUGGAGCUCAUCCUGACUCAGACGGUACCCAAGUUCGGUGGGCGAGGGGACACUGUGUUUGUGAAGAAGUCUGUCGGAAGAAAUAAGCUGCUGCCCCAAGGCUUCGGCGUGUAUCCAUCACCGGAGAACAAACAGAUGUUUGCCGAGGAGUUACGGCUUCUGCGCGAGGGGGCGCCAGAGGAAAGAACCCAGACACGCACUGGAGAAUUGACCGUGGAGCUCCUGAAAUGCUGCAAGUUAAAGAUAAACCAAAUCCCUGUGGAGGAAUUCCAGGUCAAUAAGGAGAUCCUCAGCAGGCAGUUUCAGAAGAAGCUGAGAGUUGUGAUUCCACCUCGUGCAUUGAAUUUCCCUUUUGAGUCGGUCAAGGACUUGGGGGACUACUGGUGUGAAGUUACGGUUAAUGGAUUGGACAAAGUUCGCAUCCCCAUUUCCGUGGUGCCGUACGAGGACCAGUCUGCUGAUCAUCGGCGGGAGCUGAAGGCACAAAAGCAGCAGGCGGCUGCAGAUAUCUCCGAUCCUGCUGCUGUGGAAACUGAAGCGGGUAAAGACUCUGAGAGUCAAGUCAGCGAAACUGCAGAAGAGGAAACGGCAGCGAGUACACAGACGAGUGAAGACACAACGGCACCACCAAGUGACGGCUCGAAAAAAGAUUAAAGGACUGAAAAUGAAGACGUGUGUGGAACUAAAAUGGAUAUUGUUUAUAAUACACAAUAUAAAUGAAUCAAAGCUGU